AGGAUAUUUGUGUUCCCUUUCUCUCUCCUCAUCAUCAUCCACUUCGCCAUCUCCAAAUUCUCUCUCUCCUCGAAGAUAUAUAACGUACGCGGAGUCGCUGAGUGAUUCUUAGUUCCCAGGUUUCCCAAACAGUUUGGAUCCGACGUUUCGCCUUGUUUUUCUGGAACUCCACUCUGAUCUGCAGAAGCACAAGUUGGUAGAUCAAGAACUCCCUUUUUUCUUCAAGGUUUGAAGGGUCAGAUCUGGACUGACUUUGUUUUUGAGGGAUUUUAGGAGCACAAAAAAAGAGAAUGUCUUUCAUUGGGACUCAGCAGAAAUGCAAGGCUUGUGAGAAGACAGUUUAUCCUGUGGAGCUGUUGUCAGCUGAUGGGAUUAAUUAUCACAAGUCUUGCUUCAGAUGCACCCAUUGCAAAGGCACCCUUAAGCUGAGUAAUUACUCCUCAAUGGAAGGUGUUCUGUACUGUAAGCCCCAUUUCGAGCAGCUCUUCAAGGAAUCAGGGAAUUUCAAUAAGAAUUUUCAGUCACCUGCAAAGUCGGCUGAAAAGUUAACCCCAGAGCUGACAAGGUCCCCUAGCAAAGCUGCCAGCAUGUUCUCCGGGACACAGGAAAAAUGUGCUACUUGUGGGAAGACAGCUUACCCUCUGGAGAAGGUGACAGUGGAGAACCAAUCCUACCACAAGUCGUGUUUCAAAUGUUCUCACGGUGGAUGCUCUUUAACUCCCUCGAACUACGCAGCACUGGAUGGAAUCUUAUAUUGCAAACCUCAUUUCUCCCAGCUAUUCAAGGAGAAAGGUAGCUACAACCACCUAAUCAAGUCAGCCUCAGUGAAGCGCCCGACAACUCCAGUUCCCGAAGCUUGAAAAUCUCUUCCCCUUUUUCGUUAUUUCUCUACUGGCCAUUUGCCUUCUUUCUUUCUUUCGGUGUGUUUCCUCGCUCUAUUUUUACCUCCGGCCAGUAGCAUAACCGACUACUUUCACAAUUGAGAUUCUCAGAGUGUUUAAUAUACCUUGUGGUGUGAGAUGGCUUUUGCCCUUGAUUAUGACACUAGUCCCUUCCAAUGUUUGGGGCUGUACAUUGUUGCAAUGAGAAUGCUGGUCUUUUUAUCCUAUGGUGUGGGUUUGAAUGCUGAUGUUAUUGUUUCCAAUUGUU